AUGAAGGGAUCCCCAGAACUUCCAACAGGGAGCGCGCCUAGAACCAUCGACCACGCCCGGCCCGCGGACGAUAUCCCCCUGACCAUCGCGCGAGCCCCCGACGGGCGGCUCAGCGCAUUACAGCAGCACCACUUCUGCUACUAGGGUCCCAGACCCGCUCAGGCACGUGAUGAAAUUAUCAUGUCCUCUGUCCGAAGGCGCAUAUGGCCUUGUUUUGUGUUCCGAAAGAUUUUUAGGCUUGUGUCUGAAUCGUUUCCUGUGUUCGGAAUUCUGCGAAAUGUGUGAUGUUGGGAUGAAAGAGAGAGUACGGUUGUCACGAACGAGAUAUCUGAACGUGUGAGGGGUUAUCAAGCCACCAACAGCACGUAUGAGGGGAUGUUAUGCUUCCAAGAGUACAGUUGCCAAUCGUGCAAUGCAAAGAGUAUGAGGGGUUUUUAUCCCACCAAAAGCAGUACGGUAACAAGAAAAAAGAUUGAUGCGUAACUUUGUGGGAUUACCACGUCACCACCGACACAACAGCAAAGCGUGGACAUCAUUACGCAUUUGAAGGACAGUCAGAAUUCUUGACGCAAGCACGAAGGAUUUCAUGGCAAGUUUGUAGGAGAUGUUGGGUAGAAUUUAGCUGGAGAGAACAGCAAUAUGCAUGCGUGGCAGGACCUCGGCGAAAAGCGAGACUUGACCCCAAGACUGACGUUUUCCGACUAGAUCACAGAGAAAAAUAGUCAGGGGCAUCAUUCAGCCAAGAAGCGAGGUUGACCCAAAAACUGAAUUCCCGACUAGAUCGUAGAGGACAGCAGUAAGAGCCAGUACUCAGCAUGACGCGGAGCAAGAUCCACCAAAUGCGUUCCUCCGAAGAGAUCACUCAAGACCGUUUCAGUGGCAGAACACGAACCUUGAAGUUACACGGGGUGAGCAGAAGAGAAAUUUUGGAUGUCCAACUGCUGUAUUUCAUUUUGUUUUGGUACAGCAGUCACCCCUGUGCAGAACCGGGGGGAGUGUUGUGGAAUGUGAUUCUCCUCAGGAGUGCUGUUUUAUAAGGAACUGAUUGUGCCACCAUCUUCCCUUCCGAACGCGCGACCUGCCCUCCACCGCUGCCGAGUCAAUCCUUCUGGAGCGACAAUUGUGGUCUCCCCCAACGAAGGCGGACGAUUUGCUGACGAUGCUCCAGCCGCGGCCAGCCGGACGAAGAGCACAGAAGGCGACCGCGGCGGAGGCGAGCGAAAAUCCACGGGGGAGAAACAAUGGCAGGGGCAGUGGUCCAAUGCGCUGGGGUUUAUUGCUGGAAAAGUAGGCGCAUUGAUGUUCAUUUUGAGUUUGAUUUUGUUUGAGACUUGGCGUUUGUAUUGUAUGAUUCAAGCUUGGGUUUGGUUUUUCAGAUCUGAUUGAAGUGUGGAUGAGAGGAUCAGAAGUAGUACUGUUGUUUUGAUUUUCGGCAUCUCUCUUAUUGUUUUUCGGCUUGACUCCGACCCCUUCACAAAGCAGGGGGGCGGAUCCUCGGAGCAGGGGGGCACGUUAUAUUCUUUCAAACGAAAUGGCGUUGCUGACAUUUCUUCACCGAACAUUCAUGAUAUAUUUUGAGUAUUUCAGGGAGAUAUUACUUCUUCGCGUUUUACCUGCGGACGAAGGUUUGGUGGAUUAAUGGAAUAAUUUGUCUUAGGAUUGCAUACAUCUUGGUAAUGGUAGGAUAUCUAGCUAGGCGGAUUUAGAGACGCACCGAGAUAUUGUGACGAAUUGGCGGUGAAAGGAAAGGCGUCUUGAACGGCGUUCGUCAUAUUUUUCUGGAUGAAAAGAGAAUUUUCAGAAGAGAGCGAGAGUGAUUGGCGUGUGUUGGAAUGCUAUUUGGAUACUUGUGUCGUUUCUGAAGUAUUUUCGUUUUCUUGGUUUUGGUUGUGUUUUGGGAUGAACUGGUAUGAGAAGGAUGACUAUGAUAUUUUGCCGGAGCAUGACGAUGCAUACGAGCAGGGGGGCUAUUCGAUAUACUCGUAGCAUAG